AUGGACGUCUCCCUUCCCUCCCCCACCCCUGCCACGCUUCAUAAGCAACAACAAGAAGCCCCGACGUCACGGACAGCAUCCGAGUCGGCACACAGUGAUGGUGAAGGGGUUUCCAGGAACAUUAGCGGCGCAACUGUAAUCUUCGGCGAUGGCGCCGUUGUACGGAGCAUAUCGUUCCGCUCCGACUUCUCCGCAAUCCAACUCUCGCAUGUCCCGCUCGGCAUCGACUCAAACCAAGUGGUCGAUUUCGUCGCUUCUUUCGGGUUUGAGAAAGCCUCCAGCGCCUGUGUCCGGAUGCGAUGGAUGCCAGAUGGCUCAGAACAGCUCGCUGAAGUCAAAGUGGAGGACCCGUCGUUCGCCGAGAGUUUUCUACGCCGGGCUGGCCACGCGCCGAGAAUGGGCGGCAAGGUGCUGGCGGCGACCCGGAUGCAACAUGCAGGUGCCGAGGUCGGCUCGAAAAGGUUGCAGCUGAGCACCGUGAGCUGCUCAUGGUACAAGCCGUCCAAGGUUGCUUGGCUUCAUUUCGACACAGAAAGCGAGGCUCUUUCUUCCAUCAGAACUCUCGGCAGGCAGACGGUUCACGGGCGAAAGCUGCAAGUAGCCUAUCAGAAGCCUCCUGAGCACGUCUACAGGAGUGGCAACAAAGUCAUCCAUUCCGUCCAACUCGGUAAUCUUCACGUGGACACGACGACAGAAGGCCUGCGGCAACCGCUCUCUGGGACCAAGCUCAAGAACAUCAAGUGGGGACCAGCAUCUUACAACACUCCCAAUCACACAGUGGAAAGAGCAAUGCGGCUUCGCCUGGAAGAGUUCGGACCACUCUCGGACUGGGAAGUCAUCAACGACGACUCCUUCUCCAACGUCCUCAAGAGGGCCACGGCUCGCUUCGUCAACGCCGAAGACGCGCGAACAGCGGCAAGCCAGCUCGACGGGUCCAAGGUGGCCGAGCUGGGCAACGGCAGAAUCCACGUCUCGGCAAUCACGUCGGUCAAGCUGUCGGUGCAGGUCUCGAUACUGCGGGCGGUACAGGCGGACAUGGACGAGCUGAAGGCUCAGGUGUGGGGAACGCACCACGUCCGCAUCAAAGCCUACGACGUCACGCCGGCUGCUCACAAGCCCCACAUGACGACGCUGCGGAUAUACGGCGACAAUCGGGAAGCGGUGGCCAAGGCGAAAGGGUCGGUGGAAAGGAUGCUGGCCGGCACGGUCGCCACGGACGGCGAGGGCCACUGCAUCAAAGACGCCUUCUUCUUCAAGCCCGAGGGGGCGACGUUCCUCCAAGAGGUGAUGGAAGAACACUCCGUCUUCAUCCAACGCGACACGAAGAAGUCUCUGUUGCGGAUAUACGGCCCUCCCGCUUCCACAACCGCCGCAGCCGCCGCGCUCAGGAACCGGACACCAGACGACGACUCCCCAACCACGGCCCGCACCAUCACCCUCACGCCGCACUCGCUCGGCUCCGCCCUCCGUGGGGGCCGCUUCAAGCGACUCGUCGAGACAUUCGGCAAGCACGCCGUGAAGAUCGACAUCGCCAGCACCCCCAAAACCGUCACCUUUCACGGCUCCGCCCCCGACUUCGAAAAAGCCCGCGCCAUCCUCACCGACCAGGAGGACCAUCACCGCCCAGAAAAGGACCCUCUCGCAGCGCCCUCCCCCAGCACCAGCACCACCACCACCAACGACCUCUGCGCCAUAUGCUGGACCCCCCCGACCGACCCCAUCCGCCGGCCCUCCCCCCCCUGCACGACCCACGCCUACUGCCGCGACUGCCUCACCAGCCAAUGCGCCGCCGGCGACAUCCCCAUCCGCUGCCUCGGCAGCAACAGCAACACCAGCAGCGACGACGACCCGCCAGACGGCGACGCCGGUUCCGUCGAAAACAACAACAUGACCUGCAACGCGCCCAUCUCGCUGCACGACCUCUCGCGCGCCCUCCCCGCCGCGGCCUUCGACGCCCUCCUCCGCAGAUCUUUCGACGCGCACGUCCGCGCGCGCCCCGACGCGUUCAGGUUCUGUCCGACGCCCGACUGCGAUCGCGUGUAUCGAUGCGUGAGCCGGGGGGACGACAACGACAACGAACACGAAAACGAAAACGAUAACGACGGGCGCGCGGCAGCGGUGCUGCUAUGCGACGAGUGCUUCGCAGACGUGUGCACGGCGUGCGGCGGCGUUGGGCACGGCGGCGUGUCGUGCGCGGAGGCGCGGUAUCUGGGGAGCGAGGGCGCGCGCGCGUUCGACGAGUGGAGGCGGGCCAACGACGCGCGGCCGUGUCCGCGGUGCGGCAUCGUCAUCGAGAAGGCGUAUGGGUGCAAUCAUAUGCGGUGCAGCGGCGGGUGUGGGGUUCAUAUUUGUUGGUUUUGUAUGGAGGUGUUUGGGAGCGGCGAGGAGACGUAUAGGCAUAUGGGACGGGCGCAUUGA